AAUGCAAUAACAAGUCGAUUCACUCUGUUUAAAGUAUAUUUGCACAAAGCCUGCAGGGUUUAGUUUGACUCCAGACGAGUUAAAAUGAGCGACAUCUCGGAGGACGAUAAUGAGAUCUCCUUUCAAGUAAAGUUUCUUGGCCGAGUUGAGGUGGUCCGAACUGAUGGACUACAGAUCCUGUCUGAAGCAGCUCAGAGCCUAAAGACACCAGAUAAAUACUCCUCAGAAAAGGCAGCGAAGAAGAGCAAAGUCCAUCUCUUCCUGUCGCUGAGUGGGAUAGACAUUUUGGAAAACAAAACCAAGUUUCUGUUGUACUCGUGCCCUCUGUCCACUAUUUCCUUCUGUGCCGUCCUUCCAUCUUCACCCAAAGUCUUUGGAUUUGUGGCUAGACACCCUGCAGCAGACAUGAACCACUGUUAUCUGUUCCAGAGCAAGAAGUUUUCUCACGUGCUGGUCUCAGUUAUUGGGGAUGUCUUCCGAGCUUCAAAAAAAGAGGAGAGCAUCAGGGGAGGAAGAGACCUGAUAGUGGAAGCCCUCAGACAUAAGAAUAAAGUGCUGCAAAGAGAGAAUGCUGAGCUGAAGAAGAGGCUUGCAGGACAGACUAACUGACCCAGGGGUGUCAAACAAGUUUUCAC